AGUUAGCCAUCGGUCGAGAUGCCACCCCCAGGACGCGGAUACGGAGGACCACCUCCACGGGGUCCCGGAAUCGCCUACGGACCACCGCCACCUCGAGUGAAUGUCGGCAUCAAUAUCGGCGGACCACCGCGUCCGCCGCCCAUCGGCGUGGGCAUCGGCUUUGCUCCGCCACCCGUGGUGGUUGCACCACCGCCACCAACUGUGAUCGUCGGAGCACCACCCCCACCGCCCAUGGUCGUGAUGCCACCGCCACGGCCCACCGUUGUGGUGGGUGGCCAGGCUCCGGUGGCCACUGUGUAUGCCCAGCCGCAGGGAGAGGUUUUCUGCUGCACGAUUCUCUGACGGAAAAUAGGAAAUGAAAAACUGUGCUGCUGUAUAGAAUUAUUCACUACGUGUAUAUAUAUGCCUUAAAUAAGUAAAA